GGGGCGGAGCUUGUGGCGGUGCGUGGGGUCCGGCUGCCUUGUCAGCCUGGUAGGGUCGGGUGCAUGUGGAUGCUCCGCUCGCUGCUCUGCCUGCUGCGUCCGGUUGGCCUUCGCAGCAUGUCGCAGGGUUCGGCUCGUCGGCCGCGGCCGCCCAAAGACCCGCUGCGACACCUGCGCACGCGGGAGAAGCGCGGCCCGGACUCCCCUGCCCGGGCCCCGAACACCGUGUACCUGCAGGUGGUGGCGGCGGGCGGCCGGGAUGCGGGCGCCGCUGUCUACGUCUUCUCGGAGUACAACAGGUACCUUUUUAACUGCGGAGAAGGCGUCCAGAGACUCAUGCAGGAACACAAAUUGAAAGUGGCUCGCUUGGACAACAUAUUUCUGACCCGAAUGCAUUGGUCAAAUGUUGGGGGCUUGUGUGGAAUGAUUCUAACUUUAAAGGAAACCGGGCUUCCCAAAUGUGUUCUUUCUGGGCCUCCACAACUGGAAAAAUAUAUAGAAGCAAUCAAAAUAUUUUCUGGUCCAUUGAAAGGAAUAGACCUGGCCGUGCGGCCUCACUCUGCACCCGACUACAAGGAUGAGACUAUGACUGUUCACCAGGUUCCUAUUCACAGUGAGCGGAAGUAUGGCAAGCAACAGCCAACGCAGAGCCCGGAAAGGUCUCCCAACAGACUCAGUCCCAAGCAGUUGUCAUCAGACUCUGGAUCAGCUGAAAAUGGGCAGCACCUUCCACAGGCCAGCAGCGCAGGUGUCAAUGGAAAAGCUGGUGGCAGGGACCCUUCCUUAGUGGUGGCUUUUGUCUGCCAGCUUCAUCUGAAGAAAGGAAACUUCUUGGUGCUUAAAGCAAAGGAGCUGGGCCUUCCUGUGGGGACGGCCGCCAUUGCACCCAUCAUUGCUGCUGUCAAGGACGGGAAGAGUAUCACUUAUGAAGGAAAGGAGAUUGCUGCAGACGUGCUUUGUACACCCCCAGACCCUGGCCUUGCAUUUAUCGUGGUGGAGUGUCCCGAUGAAGGCUUCAUCCAGCCCAUCUGUGACAAUGACACCUUUAAAAGGUACCAGGCAGAGGCUGAUGCGCCUGUGGCCCUAGUGGUCCACAUUGCCCCAGAAUCUGUGCUCACCGACAGCAGGUACCAGCAGUGGAUGGAGAGGUUCGGGCCUGACACACAGCACCUGAUUCUGAAUGAGAACUGCCCAUCGCUUCACAACCUGCGCAGCCACAAGAUCCAGACACAGCUCAACCUCAUCCACCCCGACAUCUUCCCCUGUCUCACUAGCUUCUACAGUAAGGAGGAGGGCUCUGCCCUCAGCAUGCCCGCAGUUCGGGGUGAAUGCCUUCUCAAGUAUCAGCUGCGUCCCAAGAGAGAGUGGCAGAGGGAUACCACCCUCAACUACAAUACUGAAGAGUUCAUAGCUGAGGCCUUGGAGCUCCCCAAUUUCCAGGAGAGUGUGCAGGAGUAUAGGAAGAGUGUGCCAGAGAGCCCAGCCCCAGCAGAGAAAAGAAGCCAGUAUCCUGAAAUCGUCUUCUUGGGUACAGGGUCUGCAAUCCCAAUGAAGAUCCGAAAUGUCAGCUCCACGCUCAUCAACCUAAGCCCUGACAAGUCUGUGCUGCUGGACUGUGGGGAAGGCACGUUCGGGCAGCUGUGCCGUCAUUAUGGACAGCAAAUAGACGGAGUCCUGUGCAACCUCGCUGCUGUGUUUGUGUCUCACCUGCAUGCGGACCACCACACGGGCUUGCUGAACAUCCUACUGCAGAGAGAGCGCGCGAUGGUGUCUCUGGGGAAAGCUUUCCAGCCUUUGCUUGUGGUAGCCCCUACCCAGCUCAGGGCCUGGCUGCAGCAGUAUCACAACCAGUGCCAGGAGAUUCUGCACCACAUCAGUAUGAUUCCUGCCAAAUGCCUUCAGAAAGGGGCAGAGGUCUCCAGUCCCCCCAUUGAAAGGAUGAUCAGCUUGCUGCUGGAUACAUGUGACUUAAAAGAAUUUCAGACCUGCCAGGUACGGCACUGCAAGCAUGCUUUCGGUUGUGCACUGGUACACUCAUCUGGCUGGAAGGUGGUCUACUCGGGGGACACCAUGCCAUGUGAGGCUCUGAUCCAGAUGGGGAAAGAUGCCAACCUCCUGAUACACGAAGCCACCCUAGAGGAUGGCUUAGAAGAGGAAGCGGUGGAAAAAACACACAGCACUACGUCCCAGGCUAUUAAUGUGGGGAUGCGGAUGAAUGCCAACUUCAUCAUGCUAAACCAUUUCAGUCAGCGGUACGCCAAGAUUCCCCUUUUCAGCCCUGACUUCAACGAGAAAGUUGGCAUCGCCUUUGACCACAUGAAGGUCUGCUUUGGAGACUUCCCAACAGUGCCCAAGUUGAUUCCCCCACUGAAGGCCCUGUUUGCAGAUGACAUUGAAGAGAUGGUGGAGCGUAGGGAGAAGCGGGAGCUACGAUUGGUGCGAGCAGCCCUCCUGGCCCAGCAGGCAGACAGCCCAGAGGGCAGAGAGCCCCAGGAGAAGCGGGCUCACACAGAAGAGCCACACAGCCCACAGAGCAAGAAGGUCAGAGCCCAGUAAAAGUCUAAGCCAUCCUGGACUGAAAGCUGGGUGUGGAGCAGUAUGUCAUCCUGGCGGGAGCCAGCGUGCACGAUCUAGCCAGGAGGCAGCAUGGAAUCGGUAUGCAGUCCUCUGUGGCCAUGGCCAGGAGAGCACCCAUCUGCCAGGGGCCUCCCAUGCCUGGAGGAGAACAUAGUGGCAGGACAGGAGGCCAUGGAGUAGAAGACAGGAAGCCAGUCUUUAAAGGAGUCAUGGAAACUGAGGUGUCUGCCCCCCACUCACUACCACAGGGGUUCCCUCUGCAUGCCAGAGUCAAGCCUCGUGACAGGUGCCAUGGGUGUGUAUGUCCCCGACUCCAAGAAUAGUAUUUCUAAGGACUCAGACUCAAUAAAGGUCAAGUUUGGAAUCCUGA